AUGAACCACCAGCAGGGAGUGAUAAAGAAAGGAAAAGAGGUGUGACUGAGGUUUUCUUGUUCAAGAGGAAAGCAGAAGGAGGAGACGACGAACUUCGAUCAUGGCACCUCAAGAUCCAAACGCCCCAAGCGGAAGCGGCUCCGGCAAGCGCAAUGAGGAUACCGUUAAAGUCCCCGCAACGGAUCCCAAGAAGAAGGACGAUAAGAAGGAUGAGGAUUUGUCUGAGGAGGAUUUGGAGUUGAAGAACCAAUUAGAGUUGUAUGUCGAGAGGGUUCAGGAUACUGAUCCUGGUGUGCAGAAGAAUGCUCUAGAGAGUAUGAGGCAGGAAAUCCGUACCUCAACUAGCUCCAUGACUUCAGUUCCAAAGCCAUUAAAGUAUCUUCGUCCACAUUAUGGAACUCUAAAAGCUUACUAUGAAACAAUGGCAGAAUCAGAGUUGAAGAAUUACCUAGCAGAUAUAUUGUCUGUUUUGGCACUGACCAUGUCAGCUGAGGGAGAACGGGAAAGCUUGAAGUACAGGUUGUUGGGUUCAGAUGGUGAUAUUGGUUCAUGGGGCCAUGAAUAUGUCAGGAACUUAGCUGGAGAAAUUGCUCAGGAAUUUGCUAAGCGACAGAGUGAAGAGGCCCCAAUUGAAGAAUUAAUGGAACUAGUGCAGCAAAUUGUUGCUUUUCACAUGAAGCACAAUGCUGAACCCGAAGCUGUUGACCUUUUAAUGGAGGUUGAAGACCUUGAUCUGUUAAUUGAGCAUGUUGAUAAAACAAAUUUUAAGAGAACUUGUCUCUACCUCACCAGUUCAGCAAGAUACCUUCCUGGACCAGAUGAUGUACUAGUUUUGGAUAUUGCAUAUACGAUAUAUAUGAAAUUUAAAGAAUAUCCAAAUGCUCUUCAGAUUGCACUGUACCUUGAUAACAUGCAGAAUAUAAAGAACAUCUUUACAUCAUGUGAUGAUCUGCUUCGUAAAAAGCAAUUUUGUUACAUCCUUGCUCGACAUGGUAUUAGUUUUGAGCUUGAUGAUGAGAUGGUUGCGGAGGAUGAUGACAGAGAAGCAUUGCAGGAUAUUAUCAACAAUACUAAGCUAAGUGAAGGUUAUCUUACUCUUGCUCGUGACAUUGAGGUCAUGGAGACUAAAACUCCAGAGGACAUUUACAAGGCACACUUACUUGAUGGCCGGGCAAGUGCUGGUGCUAGUGUUGAUUCAGCAAGACAGAACUUGGCUGCAACAUUUGUUAACGCUUUUGUAAAUGCCGGAUUUGGUCAGGAUAAGUUGAUGACAGUCCCAUCAGAUGCCUCAAGUGGAGGCUCUUCAGGAAACUGGCUUUUCAAGAAUAAAGAGCAUGGGAAGACCAGUGCUGCAGCAAGUUUGGGUAUGAUUUUAUUGUGGGAUGUUGACUCUGGACUUGCUCAAAUUGACAAGUACUUCCACAGCAAGGAUACCCAUGUUAUUGCUGGUGCAUUGUUAGGGGUUGGGAUUGUCAAUUGCAGUAUCAAGAAUGAUUGUGAUCCUGCGCUGGCACUUCUUGGUGAGUACAUUGAUAAAGAGGAUCCAUUUAUCCGGAUUGGUGCUAUAAUGGGCCUUGGGAUUGCAUACGCUGGUGCUCAGAAUGAGCAGAUACGUAGUAAGCUGACUCCUAUACUUAAUGAUGCAAAAGCCCCCCUUGACGUGGUCACAUUUACUGCAAUCUCAUUGGGGUUGGUAUACGUUGGUUCCUGCAAUGAAGAGGUUGCGCAGGCAAUCAUAUUUGCACUAAUGGACCGAAGUGACUCGGAGUUGGGGGAGCCCCUUGCUCGGUUGAUUCCCCUCAGCCUUGGACUUCUGUACCUUGGGAAGCAGGAAAGCGUGGAGGCCACUGCCGAAGUUUCAAAGACAUUUAAUGAAAAAAUAAGAAAGCAUUGUGAUAUGACUUUGCUUUCUUGUGCUUAUGCAGGAACAGGCAAUGUUCUUAAGGUCCAAAACCUUCUCGGUCAUUGUUCACAACAUCUUGAGAAAAAUGAAACUCACCAGGGACCCGCUGUUCUUGGAAUUGCUAUGAUAUCAAUGGCUGAAGAAUUGGGAGUUGAAAUGGCGAUUCGUUCGUUAGAGCAUCUUUUACAAUACGGAGAACAAAAUAUCCGUCGGGCAGUUCCGUUGGCACUUGGUCUCCUGUGCAUAUCAAAUCCAAAGGUCAAUGUUAUGGACACAUUGAGCAGGCUUAGCCACGAUACAGAUUCAGAAGUAGCAAUGGCUGCAGUGAUUUCAUUAGGUUUGCUAGGCGCGGGAACCAACAACGCUAGAAUAGCUGGCAUGCUUCGCAAUCUUUCAAGUUAUUACUACAAAGAUGCGAGCCUUCUUUUCUGUGUGCGAAUUGCUCAAGGUCUUGUACAUUUGGGAAAGGGUUUGUUAACUCUAAAUCCAUACCAUUCUGAUCGCUUCUUGCUAUCACCGACGGCACUUGCUGGAAUUAUUACCUUGCUGCAUGCAUGUCUUGAUAUGAAAGCCAUCAUUCUGGGGAAAUAUCAUUACAUUCUCUACUUUAUUGUUUUGGCAAUGCAGCCGAGAAUGCUGUUGACCGUGGAUGAGAAUCUCAAACCACUGUCCGUCCCUGUUCGAGUGGGACAAGCUGUUGAUGUGGUUGGCCAGGCUGGUCGUCCCAAAACGAUCACUGGUUUCCAGACCCACUCGACACCAGUUCUUCUCGCUGCGGGUGAUAGAGCGGAGCUGGCUACUGAAAAGUACAUCCCCCUGUCCCCAAUCUUGGAAGGGUUCGUGAUCCUGAAAGAGAAUCCAGACUACAGGGAAGAUAACUAAUUAAUUCAGUCCAGUCCACCCAACAAACUGUCUGGAGAGUAUGUAAUCUUUGACGAAUGCUCUAUUUUUCAUGGAAGCAUUCAGUGACCGUUGAUUUUGUAACAUGGUUCUUUAUUACUUUGAGUUUUAAUUACUCAUAUACCCUUCGGCGACCGAUCAAUUACAGUUCUACCA